AUGCAGCAAGUACAAACUCACCGAGAUUCGAUAUCUGGCAAUGAUAUUCACCGCAGAGAAAAUUCAUCCAUGAUUGUUCGGACAGAUCUUUCGUCAUUAAUAACUAAUUUUACCAAUUCUCAACAAGUUUGUAAUGACCGACUCCAGUCUCUUGAACGUGAAUUAGCAACAUUGAAAGGACAAGUGAAUGAAGCUUGUUCAACAGCAUCGGAAAAUGAAUUGAAUAGAACCUUUACAACAAAAAAGCCACCGAAUUUGCAACCGUCGGUUUCACAAAUGAAAAGUCCUUCUCGUAUUCCAUUACCUAUAACACCUCGAAAACUAUCCACUGACGAGAAACCUGUUCCGCCUACAACUACCAAGUUACCCUCACAUCUUCCGCCUGCGAUACCUUUGUCUCGUAGUAAAACCUUUCAUAAUGAAACUGUCGAUGGAUCGCCGCGUAUUGGAUCUCAAAAAGGCCAACGUAGCCGAACACCACGACAGGAACCAUCAGUAGAUUCAGACGUGAGAAUACCAUGCUAUUCAUCGAUAGAAGAUAUCAUCAAAGCUAAUGAGGGACUCUUUCUUGAAAAUGAUCGUCUUCGUGCUGAUAUCAAUCGUUUAAAAGCUGAAAAUAUCGUUUUACUUCGAUCCGUAAAAGGAUCGUCAACAAGUAGAAAUGAACCAAACAUAGGCACUGAUCGGAUUUUGGCAGAACGUGAACAUCAAGAAUUGACGAAAGACGUAUUGCGACUCAACGAGGAAAACCGACAUCUUCGAAAGUCUCUAUUAGCUCAGUCUGCGAAACUAAUCAGAUUACGUCAAUCUAUUCCUCCGAGUACUCCGUCUUCUACGUAUCAGCAAUAUUCUCAAACAUCUCGAUCUAUAAGUCAAGCAUCGGCACGUUCUAGCGGACCAAUAAAACCGAAAUCAGCUCGUUAUAGUAGCUCAAACCACCGAGGACUCGAACGUACAAACACAGUUUAUCAUAGUCCACUCGAGCAUUCAUGA